AUGGGGGAUACAAGGUUUAUCUCUUUCAUAUUCAAUGACAAUGACAAUGAGCAGAUCAGCAAGAAGCAAUGGGAAGACGCGUAUACCUCUUUCAAGGGCAAUCCCUCCCAAAUUUCAGGCUUCCUCGAGAACCGUGAGCUUUCGGGCUCGUUCAUCGCCGGCUUUGAGGUCUACGGUCUGCGCAUCGCAAGGUUUGUCCAACUGAUUCCCCAGCAUAGUAACCUAAAGGUGCGGAACAAAGAAAAGGAAGAGCUCGACUUGCAAUUAGGAAAGCUCUUGGGAGGACAUGUCAUCAAGAAAAUCAUCAUUCCACUGCUAGACCAGAGAUAUCAGCACCUACACACCCGCGAUGCUUUGUUGGAGCUCCUGUUCUCGACUGUGUCACUCGCAGAUAGAAGUAUCUUUGAUCAACUUGCAUCAGGGCUUGGAAAGGCGCGAGCACUCCUUGGAAGGCUCAUCUCAGAUCAACGCAGUGACAAUCUGAUAGGAGACUGGAUUAAGUGCGUUGGAUCAAGCAAGGAAACAAUGCAGGACUGGGUUGAAGUUUCGGUGGAUCUCGCGAAGAACUGUGAGAGGGAUCACCGGGUUUUGUCCGAGAUGGAACGGUGGGACCUGCUCACCACUCUUAAACUUCAUCUUCGGCAAGCCUACAAUUCUGGAGCAUCUUCUCAAAGAAAACACUCAGUUGGAACAUUGCAGAGUGAAUCACGAGCCUCCGGUAGCAGCAAAACUGUUGGUGUUAAGGGCCGUCGAGUGUCUUAUACGCCCGCCGCUAUUGCGCCAGGAAUCUCGCAGGAUUGUAUUGCGUUGCUUAGCCAGCUUAAGAUUGCCAUCCCUUCCUCAGUGAGGGCUAUACGUGAUACCAUUGUCCACAUCGAAACAAAGGAGACCUUUCCCAUUCUAGAGGCUUUAUUGGGAAGCUUCUCCUGCCGUUUGUGCUUCAUACGUGGUUACGGAAAUACUUCGGAGGCUAUUGUUUCCCCUGUUCACGCUGACUUCGAAUCGCAAGAAGACGCGUUCGAAUCUGAUUCCUUUGAGGGAUUGCUUGGUGGUGGUCUGGGAGUCUGGAAGAUAGCUCUUUCGACACAGGCACUCAGAGACCUUAAACACUCAGGGCGGGAGGGAAACAUUAAUCAUAUCAAGAAAAAGCUAGAAGCUCUAGCAUCUGGUGAUUGGGCUCGAGGUGCUGUUGCCGGGGAGGUUUCUAAAAACCAUGGGGACCAUCACUUCAGAGUUCCUGUGUAUCAAGCGUUUUACGGGGCCAACGGGCGUAUCCUGUGGCAGGUUGAUGUCGGGUUUGACGAGAAGUGCAAUGCAGAUAGCCAGAUCGUAAGAGUUUGGAGAAUUGGGGACGUCAAAGAGAUUAAAAAUUCUCUGAUUUCGGUAUACCGCGCCCAGAAAGGUUUCUCGCUGACUCGGGCCGCGCGUUGCAAAACGAGACCGUUCGACAAACAGAAAAAGAUAAAACUCCCAAUCGUAUUCGAUGACAUUAAACGGGAAGAACGGGAUAAGACGGAGUCGAUGGAUGAACGAUUACCAGAAGACAUGCUCAUCUCAGGGAAAUUCCAUACACUCACCGUAAACGUUCUGGAAAGUAUCCUCCGGGGCCAACCCCAGUCUGACUUCCCUUUCGAUGUCACCGGGAAAGAAGUCGAGAUAAUCAAAAAUAAGAACGCAACGUUUAUCCUUGGGAGAAGCGGUACGGGAAAGACGUCGUGUUUGCUUUAUAAACUAAUGAGUAGAUAUCUGGCCCGCAAUAUUGGUCAGCCCGAGUCUCCAAUGCGUCAGCUACUACUCACUCGUUCUGAACCUCUCGCACGGAAGUUGGAAAGCGAAGUUCAACUAUUGAUAGAUUCCCAGCUUCAUCGAGUUAAGGCAGGAUUCAAUUAUCUUGAGGAUGGAGCAGAUAUCUCUCUCCAAAUCCGGGACGGUAUGGAAGAAGACACAACUGAAGACUUUUUCUCUCUGGAGAAGGAGAAUUUCCCUCUUGUUUGCACAUUUGGGCAUUUCCUGAAACGCCUCGAAAAUACGAUCAGAGGGAAAGACCGCAGGGCCGGAGUAACUGAGAGGUCAAGACGCUUGGUGGACUAUGUUAUAUUCAAGGAAUCUUAUUGGGCACAUUUUCCUGCGAGUAUCAGGGGUGGACUAGAACCGGACUUGGUUUUCGCAGAGAUAAUGGGAAUCAUCAAAGGCGCCGCAUCGGUUUCAACGGGUUUGAAACCACUUUCGAAAGAGGAGUACCGAACGAUGAGCCCCAGACAGGCACCAACCUUUGCGAAGACAUCUGAUAGGGAUACGGUCUACCGAAUCUUUGAGCGCUAUGAGAGUACGAAAGCGAAUAACGGUGACUAUGAUGGAAUUGACAGGGUUAGGGCUAUAAUAGGGGAGUUGGAUGAAAAUGUCUCACUCAGACGCAGGCUUGAGUCUAUAUUCGAGGAGGUAUAUGUUGAUGAGGUGCAAGAUCAACGGCCCCUAGAGAUUGAGUUGCUCCUGAAUCUUAUUCAAAAUCCUCGUGGAAUUCAUUUUGCUGGGGACAGUGCACAGUGCAUAUCCAAGGAUUCAACAUUUCGAUUUGCGAAUCUAAAGGCAUUAUUCUUCAAUCACUUUUCAGCGAGCCGAUUCACCAGAAUAGAUCCUUCCGCAGCAAAGCCCGAGCUCUUCCCCUUGUCCCGCAACUUUCGUUCGCACCAGGGAAUCUUAUCACUUGCAUCAUUUGUGAUGGAGCUACUGUGGAAAGGCUUCCCGGGCAUGGUAGACAAGCUACCACCAGAAAUCGGCCAGUAUCUAGGACCAAAACCUGUCAUUUUUAUUGGCUCGGAUCUCGUUGAAUUUCUCCAGAUGGCGGGCAAGCGGACAGAUGUUGGAAACCCAGCGGUAGAAUCACCACAAAACGGAAGUCCAGCGAAACAAGUUAGCAACCAGCAGAUCAUUAUCAUAAGGGACCACCAAGGCCAAGAAGAACUCCAAAGCAAGCUCGGUGGUGGGAGCUUUGUGUUUACUGUACUCCAGAGUAAAGGGAUGGAGUAUGACGACGUGUUUCUUUACAACUUCUUCUCCUCUAGCCCCUGUUUGAAGGCGUUCCAGUCCCUGCAGGAAUUGUUAGUUCCUGGUGCAAACCCAUCGUAUGGAGCAACUCACAUGAACAUGUGCUCCGAACUGAAGAGCUUAUACGUUGCAAUCACCCGUCCUCGCAAUCGCCUAUGGAUAUUAGAGAGUGACCCAGGAUUUAUUCCAGAACUCUUUACGGAAAGAGUGCCCGUUCCACUAGUGGAUAUAAAGCCUUUCAAACCCGGAGAGAUACUAUUCAUGAUGGAAGAGGUUCGCCCCACAACUGUCACGACUGAGAGAGAAUGGAUAGAGACUGGCGACCAAUGUAUGGACCGAGGCCUUUUUGAACAGGCACUUCGGUGUUAUAACAAUGCAGCUGAUCGGCAAAAGAUCACGCUGGCAAAGGCUUGUAUUGCUGAACAGAAAGGAAAAGAAUGUCAAGCACGAGGUGAUGGCUUAUCCCACACAUACUUCCAGGAUGGCAUACUUCACACAUACUUCCGGGAUGCCAGUGAUAACUUUCUUGAGCUCAAUAUGAAAGAAAGAGCGGCGAGCUGCCUGGAAGCCGACAGAGACUGGGAAGCUGCAGCACGCCUGUACGGAGAAAGAGGUAAACACGAGAAGGCUGCUAGUUUGUUUGAGAAGGCGAGAAUGUAUGAAGAAGCAGCUGUCGAAUACCAUCUGACCAACAAAACGUUAAAUGCACUUCAGUCGCUUCAUAGAGGGAAGCUGUAUGAAAGACUAGUUGAAGAUGUGUCCAAAUACCGGCACAAAAUCGGAGACGGGGAUAGGAAGUCUUACGCUCGUGAAUGCAAUAUGCUCUUGAGACGAAAAGAAACGCCACCUUGCAUUCGACCAUCUCUGCGGGAGCUCGCCUUCAAUAUGUUCAACACCGAUUUGGAAAAAGAAGAAUUCCUUGCAGAAUACGAAUACAAGGUGGAGCUGUUGGAAUUCUAUCUCAAAAGGGGAAGACUCCUAGAUGCUUUCCUUUACUCCACCAAUACAGGGGUUAUAGAUACCGCAUUAAACCUAAUGAUCGACCGGGUGGAGAAAAAUGGCAAUUUAUGGGAAUGGCGUGACCUGAGGGAUAUUUUCAGCCAUUCAGAAAUAGGUAGAGUACUUUGCCAAAUAUCAACAGCUUCCGCUACAGGUGUAGACCUAAGCUGCGAGAAGCGCUUCUCGGGAAAGAGCUGGAGUCGCCCAUGGGAAGAUGUGGCUACAGUAGCCGGGCAGUACUUCAAGACCGGUAAUAAGUUAGGCCGGCGUACCAUUAAAGAGGAUUGGAUAAGGGAUUAUAUGGAUACCACAGUUUCGAUCAAUGUUCCCUACUUCCUGAAAUUCAAAGAGGAUUUUGAUUUAGGCGGUCUCCCAAUCGAUUAUAUCUCUGGGCUGCAAGAAAUGAUCGAGGAGGUUAAGUCGGGGGGUAAAGAUCUUUCGAAAGGAACACUUUGCGCUCUCGGUUUGCUACACAAUCCGGGUAAGAGCAAACCAUAUAUAACGCUGAAGUGGUCACCUCUGUUGCAGGGUGCCAGAAGGGCAAAGAUGUUUGAGUUCGAUGAAAUGGUGAAGGCCGUAUUAGACUAUCUCUCGGGGCAAAUAAACUUAGCCUGCUCUCCGAUUCAAGAGAGAGCGCUGGUAUCAUGGAAAGGUCUUUUAAAACAGGAGAAAUGUCGUUCCUGCGUGAACCAAUUCGGAUGGGAUCGGCCUGAGAAGGUAGGAUUUCGUGGGCCGAAAUGCUCGCACACUGCUAUCCCGAGAGUUCAGUUCGAGAGAUCCGUGCAGGGACUCCUAUCAACCAUCACCUUCUUCAUUAAGCUACCUGAAGGGUACUUUACGUUGCAAGAUGAACUGCUAAAUAUUCUAUUCACCAAAUUGACUUACCAUUCUUCUUUUUUCGAGGCUUCUGGGGCAAUCGCUAGCGUACGUGAUUGGCUACGCACAGCCGAAGCCUCGGAUGUCCUAGACAAGCUUCAAGACCGUUUCCUUCAUCGCUGGGCGGUUACAAUACAUUUAGAUAUUGGAAGCAAAUAUGAUUUCGUAUCGCUAUUGGGAAACUACCAGCCUGCUAGAUGCCUAGACUUUGAACAGUAUGUCCUUAAUGAGGCCUUGACUAGCCGGCCUUCUACGAACACAUCAAAAAGCAAGCAAGGGGGUCAGAAGCGCCAGGAAGCAGCAAUCAAGAGUUGGGGCGAUAUUUUUGGUUCUCUGGCUUAUCCUGGUGUUAAGAGUGGGAACCACUCCCGGGCACCAGAGCGACCACAAGACUUCGUAUACCAUACCUUGAUCCAAUACCACUCCCUUCACCGGUGGGAAAACUCGUCCCAACGCAUUUCUGUGGGAAAAACGUCCGAGAAGAUGGAUAGUUUACUCCAAUCGUUAUCCGACCUGAACACGCUCACACAAUGCUUGUCGUUCUACCACGAGUCGGUAAUCACAAUAUACGAGGAGAUGUUGACAUUUCUGCUUUUUUCAAUCAAAAAGACAGACGUUGUUAUCCCGGAAUCGUGGGUUGAGCUCCAUUUACCCCAAUGGGAAACAUCCUUGAGGACCUGCACUGAAAUUGAGCAACUUUGCUAUCAACGGAUACUUUUACGAGUGCUUUUGAGCUUUUGUGACUGGAUAAUCAAGCUUGAAAGUGCGUCUCAGGCUAGUAAAUCGGGAGAAUCGAGGAUCUUAGCUCGUCGAAGUGUCGACCUUCUAGUUGUCUCCCUUAUAAAUAUCGGGACAGCCGGAGCAUUGCCGGUCGGAUAUAAGGAUAUGUGGUCGAAAGUACAAAAGGCCUUUAGCUUUCAGACGCUCGGAACGAGCGGAAUCCCAGGCGUACGACCAAAAGACCUCGUCAAACCCCUCACUCGAGCCUUCAAGCACUAUAAUGGAAAGGAUGAGAUCCUGAUCUAUGUACGAGAGGGCAGAACCUCCCGGCAUGUAGAGGCAUGGCGUGGCACCGGUGCCCAGUUCCGAUCCAUGCCGAUACGCCAAAGCCCGCCAGAUCGGCCGAGCGGGAGUGCUUGUGAGAUUGACAGCAUCUACCUUAUCCAGGCCUGGUAUCGAAGACAAAAAACCAACCUUGAGAAACACAACUCGCACCUGAGAAGUCCCACCGGACAAGGCGUCAAACAUCUCUACACAUUUUGCAAAUCCCACGAAGCCGAAUUUUCCUCGCAUCGGAUGUUUCUCGAGUUUGUCGCCGUCAUUAUGGUUGAGGGACUGGAGCUAUAUCUGGCUGUGAACGUGCUUCUCUCGCAGAUACGCGGGAUGAAAAAGAUUCGCGUCGCGCGUAAAUUUGAGGAAAAGGCACACAGGGAAAUCAACUCCUACGAGACCAAAGUACAAGCCUGGUCCGAUAUUUUCUCCCUUGAUAUGCCCAUCACGCUCACUCUCGAGGCGAGCGCCUGUCAGAAGAUUCUUAAAAAGGAACUGGCACUCUGCAAGGAGCUUGGGGGAAAGGUUCCCGACUCCAUACGAUGGCUCCAGAAGCCAUUCAGUGUACCGGUCCCGGCGCAGAAGGCUGACCCAGUCAAGGACCGGUCCAAACCUGUGCAGAUUGAAAAGGAAAAAAUCACACCGCCGGAGGUUGUGGCGAAAGAAAAGACAGAUAACGUACCGUCCGCUGGGUCAUUGAUGCAGUGGACGGGUAAGGUGGGGAGAAUACUAAAGGGGAAAGAUCAGGAGAUGGAAAGUGAAUAUGAUUUGAGCAGGCAGAAGAACAAACGUCAUGGCCGCCGAGACUCUCAAACAAGCUAUAGCACUCCGCCAGCCCAACCUGGGCCCAGCACGGAACCAAUGGGCAGCGGUGGUGGUGGUGAUGGUGGUGGUGGUGUGAUGAAAUCCAAAUCAGUCGAAGUAACUGAUCCAAGAGAUCGACUAGACCAAGACAUCGCGGUUCAGCCGAUCCCCCCCGAUCAACAGCCGGCUAUGCCAAUCCCCACUUAUCAACAACCAGCUAUGCCGCUCCUCACUCAUCAACAGCCGGCAUAUACAGCACAAAGGGAUGUUGCAGAGAAGACGUUAGUAAAGAAAGCGUGGUCGGACGUAGCAAAACUAGAUGUAUUGGAGGGUACGAGUCUAAGUCCUAUUGCGCCGGAAUAUGUACCGCCAGAAGAGUACCGCCUCCCCGGCGCGUUCGAUGACGACGACGACAGCUGGUAA